GCCCCGGCAUGUGCGCUGACUGUUUUGCAUGACAUGUCAGCGCACCAAUCAGUUGCAGAGGAGCUGAUUGAGUCUACUUCCCUACACUGGAAUAGCUGAGGGGAAACGGACGGACGGCGAUCGCACACGGAUAUCUCAUCAUCAGCAGAGCCUGUGCCGUCAGAUCGCAUCUGAGAGACCUCCUAGAUACAGCGGGCCAUCGUUUCUCUUUCGACCCGGUCACAGUGUCUGCUGCAGGGAGAUGGCCGGUAUUCUGGCGUGGUUUUGGAAUGAGAGAUUCUGGCUCCCUCACAAUGUAACCUGGGCUGACUUAAAAAACACAGAUGAAGCAACGUUUCCGCAAGCCGAGGAUCUCUAUCUGGCUUGUCCUUUAGCAUUCUGCAUCUUUAUGAUACGACUGGUUUUCGAAAGGUUUAUUGCCAGACCAUGUGCCAUGGGCCUGAAGAUCCAGACUAACGGGCCGCAAAAAGCACAACCCAAUGCCAUCCUGGAGAAGGUCUUCACUGCUAUAACCAAGCACCCAGAUGAGAAGAGGCUGGAGGGUCUCUCCAAGCAGCUCGACUGGGAUGUGCGGACCAUCCAGCGCUGGUUCAGACAACGACGCAACCAAGAGAAGCCCAGCACUCUCGCCAGAUUCUGUGAGAGCAUGUGGAGAUUUACAUUCUACUUAUACAUAUUUACCUACGGAGUACGUUUCCUUAAAAAGACUCCAUGGUUAUGGAACACUAAAGAGUGCUGGUACAACUACCCUUACCAGCCACUGACUGUGGACAUCCAUUAUUACUAUAUACUGGAGCUGUCUUUCUAUCUGUCGUUGCUAUUUUCCCAAUUCACAGACAUCAGGAGGAAGGAUUUCCUGAUCAUGUUCCUGCACCAUGUGGCAACAAUCUCUCUGAUUGUAUUCUCCUAUGUGAACAACAUGGCACGAGUGGGAACUCUGGUCAUGUGUCUCCACGAUGCAGCUGACGUGCUGAUAGAGGCUGCCAAGAUGGCCAACUAUGCCAAAUGUCAGAUACUGUGCAACUUGCUAUUUGCAAUGUUUGCUAUUCUCUUCAUAAGCUCCAGGCUGGGAGUUUACCCCAUCUGGAUUUUAAACACCACCUUGUUUGAGAGUUGGGAGAUUAUAGGGCCCUACCCAUCCUGGUGGGUCUUCAACCUGCUUCUGAUCAUGCUGCAGCUGCUCCACUCCUUCUGGUCCUACCUCAUAGUGAAGACAGCAUGCAGAGCCAUCUCCAAAGGAAAGGUGGGGAAGUGGAAUCCGUUACAUGUGUCUAAAGACGACCGCAGCGACAUCGAGUCCAGCUCUGAUGAGGAUGACAGCCCACCGCCAAAUCAGAAGCACCACACCAGCGCCACCAAUGGGACAAACAAAAAUCACGGCACCAACGGCUACCUGAUGGGAGCCCCGUAUCCCGACGAGCACUGAUAUCACAAGAGUGGAGCCACGCUACAGACACCAUCAAUUCUUCUGUGUGUGAGAGUGUAUGAGAGGGUGUGAGAGAGUGUGUGUGUGGUGGGUACAUGAACAACAUCGCCUGUCUGGAAGUUCUGGAUAGAUUUAGCUAAAUGCAGUUUUGUUAUUGAUUCUUUACUAAUUUCCUUCGACAGUUUACUCUCCUCAUCUAUAUAGUUACAUCAAACUGCACUCAGUGAAAUAUCAAAGCACUCCUAUUGAUACAACCCACUCUCUGUUUAACCAGUGAAUGAAAGCCUUUCACUCUAUGGUGUAAGCAUGCUACUCUAACAUACAGUGGUCUGGCAUACUGGGGGUGUGUUUUCUCCUAUGUUUGUGUCAUUCUAUGUUAUUUAUUUAUAAUUUUUUUUUAUAAAUAAGUUUGCAGACUGUAGUUGGACAUUUAUUCUACAUCUACAACAUUCUUUGAUGUCAGUGUUAAAGAUGACAUACUCCUGAACAAGUAACAGUAACGAGUAUUAGCAAAAUGCUAAAGACCUGGGUUUACUUUUAAUGCUACACCUCCAAAGAUAUGCCACAACUCACAAAUGGAUAGUUAUGUGACAUUCACUUACACUUUCAAAUUCAUUCUCCACUCAAACUGUAUAUGAGAUGUCAAUAACAGUAUUAUGUGUGUGCAUCAGACAUGGCUAGAUGCUGUAUUCCCUGUUGAAGCAUUUUGUUAAUUAUUCUGGUACAUUUCUGGUAAGCGUUACAUUAAAGGCCAUUUGUCCUCUUUUGAGGCACACAAGAAUUGUUUGAAUAGUUCAAUAAAAAAAAACAAAAAAACCAUGAAGAUUGCAAA